GGUUAUGGGUGCUGUCAAAAUUGCAUAUGAGACUUAUGGACGCGGAUCAGCUCAGCCUUUUGUUAUACCUCAACGUUCCGCAAAACGUAGACUCCUUUGGGGACUUCCGAAACUGAUUCAGCACGUGAACCUAAAGUCCAUCUUUCUUCCUAAAGGCUACCCGCAAUCAGUGAGUGAAGAUUAUCUAGAGUAUCAAGUUUGGGACACAGUUCAGGCUGUGGCUAGUAGCAUUACGGGCGCACUGGCUGGUCAGGCUGUUCUGAUGGGAUUUGGUGUUGGGGAUGCGCGGGCGACAAUCUUGGGCGCCAGUUUAUCGGCAAUGCUCAAAGUCAAUUGUAGGUGUUGCUGGGGGUGCUACGCGAGCCGCCAUUACUUUACAUCAAGCUCUGGAUAAUAAUGUGGCCGACGUCGCUGCCAAAGACGGAAGUCAGGAAACCUUGUCAAAUCUCAUGGCGUUGGUGCUCAAUCUGCUUGUGGUUUACUUACUUACUGGUAAAACCCUCAUCUAUUUUGCCUUCGCUGCUCUUACUGGAAUUCACCUUUACGCGAACUACUGUGCUGUACGUUGCUUACGGUUAUCCACGUUCAAUCGGAACCGAUUCCACAUAGCCACUCAUGAGUGGUUUCAACGCCGACUCCACAAUUUCCAGCCGCACGGUACCUCAUCUGCUUCUUUUCCAUCCGUUGCAUGGGUGAACGCUCGAGAGCCGAUAUUCACCUCAGCUGGUACAGCCAACAUCCGUCUCGGUUGUUCGUUACGCGAUAUUCCGGAAGACGGACAAGUACUUCUGCCACAACUGAUCGACACGUUCACAGGUAGAGAAUAUCUUAUGUACUGUCCAGAGUGGAAUUCCCUCGAUGUCGGCGCCUCCGAUCAUCUCAAUAUCUACGUGGUCUUAUUGAACGAUUGUAAACCGAGUGACCAACUGAUGGCUAUGAUGCACGCAGAGCUCUUGGUUUUCCUCAGCAAGGUGCGUAAAGUGAAAUAUCGGAAAAUUUCUUUUGCAAGCAAUGUGCAUUUUUUCAGACCUUGCGGAGUAGGGAUCGCGCCUUCCAGGAUUCCGCCUGAUGAAUGAAGUCCGUCGGGAGCAUGUCUUCCCAGCGCUUGAACCACGCUUCGAAUGUGCAUGGAAUGCCUGCAUCGUAAUUGAAUUCAGUAAUUGCAUUCGUGAGAGGAUCAAUGGAACUCGCCUGCUUGUCCUGGCUCGCUGCUCCUGUUGACUGUAAACCUAAACAUUAUGUCAAAUUUUCGAUCGUUUUCAUUUGUGCCUCUAUUUGUGGUUGUUGUAAAAGCAGCUUUUGAAAUUGUUCAGCGUAAAUAUUGCUCACA